AUGUGGCAGCAGCCGGCUGCCUGCAGGGGCUCCGGAGGAGCCCGGCUAUCCCGCCGACAGCCGCCGGCGCGGGUAUCCCGCCCGGAGCCGGAGAGCCCCGCGGCCGCAGCCCCGCUCCCCUGGGCACCCAGCGCUGCUCGGGGCGCGGAGCCGAGCGCGGCCGCGGCUCUUUGUUCGGCGGCGCCCGAGGCCGGAGCGGCCGCGCCCCGCGGAGCCGGGCGGGACGGGCUCGGCCCGGGGCCGGGGCGCGCAGGCCGGGCAGGCAGGGGGGGCCCGCGGAGCCCAAAGUCGGAGCCCAUCCCGCGGCCGCGCAGCCGCCCGCUCCCGGCCGCAGGAACGCGCAGCGGAGGACAGGGUCUCACCGCAGACAGACACCUGGGAGCGCCUGCCGGGGCUGCCAGUCCCCCGCCCGACACCCCCUUACCUGUCCGCGGGUGCGGAGCAGCCCCGAGGACUUUGUCUCCGCGGCGCGCCCGGCUUCCAGCGGACAAGUUUCUGCCCUUACUUCGCUCUUCGCAGCCACAGCGACGCUUUCCCCACCCGCUCCCUCCGUCCGACCGCCCGUCCAUCCGCCCGCCCUCUCUCCCUCCCUCCAGCAGGGGCGGGGGCGGCGGUCCGGAGCGCCCGACCCCGCCCCCGGUUCCCCGGGCUGGGCCGGUACCGGUGGUACCCAGCUCGUGUCCGAGCGGCGGAGCUGCCGGGCUAGGGGACGUGCCCGCCCCGGUGGUGCCCCGGGCAGGGCUGGGCGAGCUCACCUGUACCCGCCGGCCCCUGCAAGGGCAAGCGAAGGGUGCGGGAUCCAGGUGUUGCCACCCCAUCCUCCUCUGUCUGCCCGAGCAAGCCCUCCUGUCCUUUAGUCUUCGUUUAUUUACAAACUUACUGCGAGUUACCUAG